CAGCCGUGCGACGGCGCAGGCGCAUUUGUGUUAUCUCAGGCCCCUGGACCAACUCUGGACUCCCCGAUCUCCUCCUGCAGUCACCGACUAAGGCCUCAGCAGCAGCAGCAGCAUCUCUUACUACGUACCAGCAUGAGAGCCAAACCGUUCCCCACUUGGCUUAUAGUAGCCACGACGGUCGCGUGCAUAGCGUCGGCGGCCCCUUCGGAAAACGGCCACGAGCACAGUCAAGAAUCCAGCGAAGAAGGAAACAUUCACCUGAAAAAUCUCUGCCCUGGAGAGACCGAGGACUGCCUCGAGAAGGUCAGGAGUUGCAAGAGGUACCUCCAACCAAGUUCAGAGGAGCCCACGAUGGCGGAGAGAGAAAAAUGGGACACAAGUCACGAUGCUUGCAGGAAGAAGUACGAACGGGACUCCAACAAUGUGCCAGGCGAACCUGAUCCCAUGAUGAGUUCAAAGAUCAGCAGGUGUGCCAUGGAGAUGAUGGAAUACAUCGUCGAGGGCGAGAUCAACCGGGCGAUCAUCAGGAAGGAUGUGGAGGCGAAUCUCUCAGACGCACCGACCGCAGUUCGCAGGGCAGUCCUCUCCGCUGUUGACACCUGCCCGGCAACCAUCAGCGAGGACAAUGGUGAGGCCUACUCCGUAUGCCUCAUGAAGGCCUGUUUUUCAGCUUUUUAAAGAACCAACCAAAUUUGGACUGAGCCUGACUUCGAGGAGCACGGAGACCAAUAAGCAAAUCAUCAUAAUGCCUACCCAGAUUACACUCAGAGUUAAACAGAAGGAUUCCCAAGAAAUAUUAUACGGCAAAGUACAUACAACAUGUGAUAUGGAUAAGGUCAACAGAUGUGAGGAAGUCAACACAAUGGGUAUUCAAUCUUUCGUUCAUCACAAUGCUCGAGAGACGUUUGAGGAGAAGUUUUCUGUACUUCAUGCAAAGACAAAAAAUUGCAGAUACUAAUACAUAAUGCUUCAUGAGGAAGAAUAUUCUUGUACAUCAAUGCGAAGGUAAGGAACUCGGUAGUGACACUAAAUAAAAAAAAUAAUAAAUAAAUCAAAUUUCCAUUUAAUUUCAUAUCUUGCCUGAAUACGCACACGAUUUCUACUGUUAUUUCAUGAUUAAAUCU